GGUGCAAGUCGUUGAGUUUAUCUAUUCACAUCUCUUUGCAAAAUUCGGAUAGUUCCUUUCUGUAGCAAACUGAAGUGAUAAAUACGAGUAUGUAGCUUGGUGUUUACGUGCGACUUCCCUUUUUCUUUCAACAAAAUACAUUCAUCGAUAUAAACAACGAAAAAUACGUACGUGAAUAUACCAUAACGGUUUGUAAAAGAGGAAUUUAUCGAAAGUAUCGAUGUUACAUAAGAAUUUAUCAAAUGAUUCGUACGUUUGGGAUCAUUUUUUCAAUCAUUCUCACUGUAUACAGCGAAUCAUAUGCAUUUUCAUGCCUACCAGUGGAUAGAGGAGUUUGGAACUGCUCCCCAGGAAACACCUCAGGCUUCCUUGUGAAAACCAUUGGAAAUAACAUUCAUAUUAAAUGUCAAAAUUAUCCGCAAUGGCCCCCAUUCUACUUCUUCAACUUAUUCCUGAGAAAGCACAUAAAGGUGAUGGAAAUAUCGGAAUGCGGUCUGCCAAUGAACUCGAGCAUAAGUGAACUUUCGAGUAAAUUCAACGGGAAGAACAUUUAUAAUUUACAGCUGCAUAAUUGGAGCGGUGCCAUCGUCAGAAACCAUUUGAUAGAGUUUCCGAACCUGGAAAGGUUCACGCUAUCAAGCAACGAUCUUACAAAUUUGAGCACCGACCUAUUCGGAGGUGUACCACAGCUUUCUCAUUUUUCUUUGAAACAUAAUAAAGCCUGUUUACCUUUGGGAUUCUUUAAUAAUACACGACAACUCCGAAGACUUCACUUAAGUGGUAGCAUGAUGAACCUCGAGCCGGGCAUAUUUGAUCCGUUGACGGAAUUGCGCGUGCUGAGCUUGCGGAUAAACAAUUUCACAGAUAAACAACUGAAACCUGGGAUAUUUGAUAAACUCGCGUCUUUGACGCGUCUGGAGUUGAGGUCGAGUAAUUUAAACACUUUGCCGGAGAACAUUUUCGCAAAACUGGAAAGUCUACAAUGGCUAAAGUUAAGGAAUAACAGUUUUAUCUCGUUUCCAGAAGGUAUACUAAAGCAUAAUUCUCGUCUACUCGGCAUUGAAUUGUCACAUAAUACCAGAAACAUAUCUCUGCCCCAAAAGUUUUUCGCAAAUUUGAUACGUGUGAAGGCUAUAGGUUUGAAUCACAACGGUUGGAGCACGAUACCUGAAGACCUGUUUUGGGGUUUAAUAUCGUUACAUUAUAUUGAUUUAGAAAAAAAUUAUUUUGAGACGCUACCUAAACGUCUUUUUGAAAGACUACAACAAUUGUCUUACCUAAGUCUAAAUUCCAAUAGAUUAAUUACACUACCAGAUAGAAUUUUUUCCGAUACGACUAACUUAAGGUUUCUGAAUUUAUCAAAGAAUUGUCUUACUUCCAUAUCCAGGGAUCUGUUUAGCAAUUUGAAAUCGUUGGAAGUAUUGGAUUUGUCACAUAAUCGAUUGCAAGAAAUUGAAGAUACUAGUUUUAAUUCCCUGAAGAAUUUAAAGAUCGCUGAUUUAUCCUAUAAUCAACUUACAUUGUCGUCUUCGAUCAAAAAUGAAUAUGGCAACAAAUCACCUUUUCACAAUUGCAUCUCUCUCAGUAAAUUAAAUUUGAGCAACAAUAAUAUAUCAUACAUAUUCGAAGAUUGGGUUAAGAACCACCCACAGCUGCAUAUACUGGAUCUGAGCUACAACAAAAUAUCUCACAUAUCAAGCCGCCUGCGCUCGCCGGUUACAAUACGAAACACUUACGUUCGAAAUUACUUCAUUAUAAACCCAGGACAUGAUUCAAUUUGUUAUGGACCGGAACAGAUGUAUAAUGUGUCUGAGUAUACUUUCAAAUCAAAGUCUUCCAAAUAUUUAAACUCGAAAUCACAUGUAAAACAGUGCAUUUGUAGAGGAAAUGAAAUGGACGGAAUAUUUGUGGUUGAUUGUGCCUCUAAAGAUUUAGCAUUAUCACAUAAAAAAUUAUUGAUUCCAGAUCUGAUGCCGUGUCACAAGCAGCAACAAUCAACCUUUGACUUCUUUAAUCACUCAUUCAAGCACGUGUGCUAUCUGUCAAUGAACUGGAGCCUAGGAGACUACGCAAGUCCAUAUGGCAGACAGGAAGUGAAAAAGUUGCUGUUCAAACCGUUUGGUAAUUUGAGCACCAUCCUAACCAGGAAUCAUUUAAAAGGUUUCCCACAUUUACAGAAGAUAAUUCUAUCAAGCAAUGGUAUAACGCACCUUAGUAGUGACAUUUUCGCGGAUGUACCUCACCUUGUUAUUCUCGAUUUACGGAAUAACAAUGUACGUUUAACUUCAAGGAUUUUCGAUAACACUCCAACACUCAAAGUGCUAAAACUGAGUAACAACUCAAUUAGUGGAAUUGAAUCCGGUAUAUUCGAUCCUCUGACGAAGCUGCAGACGUUGAACUUUUCAUUGAAUAACUUGACGCAGCUUGAGUCCGGUAUAUUCGACAAACUCGUUUCUUUGACAUCUUUAGACCUCAGUUCCAACAAUUUAAACUCUUUGCCAGAAAACAUUUUUGCAAAGAUAGAAAAUAUGGAAGUGCUGAAAUUAGAUAACAACAGCUUUAACUCAUUACCGACACAAUUACUGAGGCAGAACACUAAACUGAAACGUGUAACUUUAUGCAAUAAUAGAAAUAAUAUUACUCUACCAGAAACAUUUUUCGGAAAUCUGACGCAACUUAAAGAGCUAAAAUUAGAAUAUAACGGUUGGAUCACGUUGCCGAAAAAUAUAUUUUGGAGUCUUGGAUCAUUAGAAAAACUCACUUUGGGGAGAAAUGAUUUGCUGUCACUGGAUGAAAGUGUUUUUUACAAAUUACACCAGUUGUUGGAGCUGGACCUGAGUUACAAUAAACUGACUACGCUACCACAUGAAAUUUUCUUCCGAACGAACGAAUUGAUACACCUAAAUUUGGAAGGGAACCGCAUUACUUCUCUCAGUGGGACCCUGUUUAAAAACUUAAAUUCAUUGAGAGUUUUAAAUAUGGGACGAAAUCAAAUACAAGUAUUUGAAGAUAUAAUUCCUAUUCUUCGCGAGUGGUUGCGGGCAAGUCGCCUUGAACUAUACGGACUAUUUCCACACUUUAAAUCAGCCAAAACAUUUGAUGACAACGUGCAUUACUGGUAUUUGCACGGUAUACCUUUGCGUGUAUUGAAUCUCAGUUACAACAACAUACCACAGAUAUCGAUUACAGAUUUGAUGUUUGUGCUAAGUAACAUUACAUUGGAUCUACGACAUAACAAAAUCCAACACAUUCAGCUCAACACAAAGGAGGAAUAUGGGAAUUAUAAAGCAAUAAAAGGAAACAUAGAAAUAUUAGUCGCUAAUAAUCCUAUAAUAUGUGACUGUAAAUUGUAUGACUUUCUUUAUUACUUGGACGAAAAAAUGCGCCCUGCUUUUCAACAAUUUGUUCAUAUAACGGCAGAAAACUUGACGUGUCGUGAACCAGAGUGGACGAAUGGUACACUUGUGAACAAAUUACAAUGGAAAACCUUUAAAUGUCCAAAAUCAGAAUCAUGUCCAACCAAGUGUUCUUGUUGGAUAAAACCAAAUGAGAGACUAUUUUUAAUCGAUUGCUCCUACAAAAAUUUAACGGCAAUACCAACGGAUAUGAAUAGUAUUCCUUAUUAUCGUAGCGAAAUAAAUAAAUCUACUGAAAUUCCGUUUUUAACGAAAUUACGUCUUGCGAACAACAACAUCAGCGACGUGUCUGUGAAGGAAUUGUCAUUAAAUGUGGAGGCUUUGGAACUGCAUAAUAACAGCAUUAAAACAUUGAAAUCAGAUGUUAUACAAUACUUAAGAAAUUCCACGACGCUAAAAACGCUUACACUACAUGGUAACCCAUGGAUAUGUGAUUGCGACUCAAGGGAUUUCGUAGACUUCAUCCAGUCACAAACUUCUCAGCGGAUUUUGAAUUUAUCCAUGAUCGAGUGUAGAGAUAUCAAAAUUCCCAUACUAAAGAUAAGAAUGGAAGAUGUUUGCCCAAACAACGUCAUGAUAUUGAUAGUAGGUGCAAGUUUCGCUGUUAUUAUUGCUGCAUUAAUCAUUAGUACUGUAAUAGCACUAUAUUAUCGAUACCAGCGAGAGAUCAAGGUAUGGUUGUAUGCUCAUAAGUUCUGCUUAUGGCUGGUAACAGAAGAUGAAUUAGAUAAGAAUAAGUUGUAUGAUGCGUUUAUCAGUUAUUCGCAUCAUGACGAAGAUUUUGUUGUAAAUGAGCUUAUCAAAAAGUUGGAAGAUGGUCCUAGACCUUUCAAACUGUGUGUGCACUUUCGUGAGUGGCUGGCUGGAGAAUAUAUACCAACCCAAAUUGCUCGUUCUGUUGAAAAUUCAAGACGGACGAUAGUAGUAUUGUCGACUAAUUUUCUAAAUAGCGUUUGGGGACGGAUGGAAUUCAAAGCAGCACACUGUCAAGCUCUCAGUGAAGGUAGAACAAGAGUGAUUUUAAUUCUGUAUGGUGAAAUCAAUGUCACUGAUGACUUCGACCCGGAUCUUAAGGCGUACUUAAACAUGCACACAUACAUAAAGUGGGGAGACCCUUCAUUCUGGGAUAAACUACGAUACGCUCUACCACAUCGUCCAGAAUUAAAAAGUAAUUAUAGUUAUGGGGAAACUGUUUCGGAAACAUUUGCUUUAGAUGUAAUCAGGCAGCAGUAAGAAAAUAAAGGGGAAAAUAAAAGAAGGUUCCGAAAUUAUACAAUCAUAUGUAACUGAUUGGUAACUUUUUUGUACGAACGAUUUUGUUUGAAAGCAUCACGUUUCGAAAUAAAGUUACAAGAACAUAAAAAGCAGUUGAUUAUUAGAAAUCUACGUACAACCGUCCGAUCCCAUUUUCACUCCAGAUGUUUAUAUUUACGUCACGUAAAAGCACAUAUACCUACUGUGAUGUUCGUGAAACUCCGAUGACAAACCAUCAGGUCAUCCCUAAAUUGUUCAUACUAUCGUCCUGUUCUUUUACGUGAAUUUUCCUUUUAGAGAACUUUACAGAAAUAUAACAGAGUAUAUCUCUGCUAUCGAAAUGUUGUAAAGAAUAAAUAUACAGCUGAGACGACACUGAACAACGUUAUCUAUUACAAAAAUGUUGGUUGUACAGUGAGUUUAUUAACCUAGCAGCGACAACGCUUAUUAUGCGGUGUAUAUAUUCUUUUCCGGAAGAUCAGGGUUGGUGGAACAACCUAGUUACGGAGAUAUAUUUUCACCAAAGUAAGACUUCUUUUAAACAGUGAGUGAGUCCGAUUUAU